AUCUACAAGGCUAAGAAAAUAGCACAGAUAAAUGGAUGAGAAUCAGAAACACUUCGUUUUGGUCCAUGGAACUUGCCAUGGAGCAUGGUGUUGGUACAAGCUUAUCCCUCUGCUCCGCGGCGCUGGUCACCGUGUCACUGCUCUGGACCUUGGUGCUUCUGGGAUCGACUCCAAGCAGGUGGACGAGGUCCCUUCACUUUGGGAUUAUGUCAAAUCAUUGAUGGAGUUCAUGGCUACUAUUCCUCAUGAUGAGAAGGUCAUAUUGGUUUGCCAUAGCUACGGCGGCCUUCCCAUAUCUCUAGCCAUGGAGAGGUUUCCUCACAAGAUUUUGGUUUCAGUCUUUGUCACAGCUUAUUUGCCUCAUUACAGUUCUCCACCAGGAACUCUCAUACAAGAAUUCUUGAAGAGGACCUCAGCGGAAUCCUUGUUGGAUAACCAGUUUACAUUUGACAAAAACACAGAAAAUCCGGCAAUUACUUCUGUUAUGUUUGGUCCAAAAUACAUGGCUGCCAAACUGUACCAGAACUGCAAGUUAGAGGAUCUGGAACUAGCUAAACUGUUGCUAAGGCCAUCAGGGAUGUUCAUAGAAGAGUUGAGCAAGGAGUGCCUGCUAACAGAAGCGAAAUUCGGGUCAGUGAAGAGAGUUUAUGUGGUGUGCCAAGAGGAUGAGGUUAUGAAGGAAGACUUCCAACGAUGGAUGAUUAAGAGCAAUGGUCCGACAGACGAAGUGAAGUUGAUCAAGGGUGCUGGUCAUAUGGUCAUGCUAUCAAAGCCCCAAGAACUUUGCCAAUGCUUAUGUGGAGUUGCUGAGGAUUUUGCUUAAUUAGUGUUUAUGAAACCUUCAAUAACAUCUAUUGGAUCUCUUCUGUAGGUGAUGGCACAUGUUUUCUGCUACCUGGCUAUAUCAAUAAACUGAUCGGAUAUUUUUCGUAUGGUCAAUGAUAGCUACCUAUGAUGAAUAACAAACGUGAUGAAGUUGAUAGUUGCAAAAUCAUGAUGAAGGUCGACAUGAACGAUAGAAUGACCACCCAUGGUUGGCACUGUGCUAAAUGUGUUUUGGCCACGCCAGUAAGUCUGGGCGUGCAAAGUCUCUUUUAGUUGUUGCGGGCGUGCCACCGCGCGGACGCGGAAAGUAGUGGUUGUAGUAGCGGGGUGCGCUUAGCCUUCUGUUUCUAAUCAAGCGACUGAGGAUGGAGAGAGCACCAACUCCACCGCAGGGUUCUUCAGAUUCGCCUUGCGUACUGGGCAAGGACUUACAGUAGUCCGCCUGAGCGUCACAAUAUCGAUACUCGACGUAGGAUCGAGCAGAGCUUCAAUUGGGAAGGAGAGGAAAAAAGAGAAAGCUUCGGAGAGCGUACGGGGAAACGAAAGGAAAGCUCCGGGGA